UGCUCAGAUCAACGUAUAUUCAAAAAUGACUGGACGUGGAAAGGGAGGCAAAGGAUUGGGAAAAGGAGGAGCAAAGCGCCAUCGCAAAGUUCUUCGUGAUAACAUCCAAGGUAUCACGAAGCCAGCAAUCCGUCGUCUUGCUCGUCGUGGUGGUGUCAAGCGUAUCUCCGGACUUAUUUACGAAGAGACCCGUGGUGUUCUCAAGGUUUUCCUGGAGAAUGUCAUCCGUGACGCUGUCACUUACACCGAGCACGCCAAGCGCAAGACUGUCACCGCCAUGGACGUAGUCUACGCACUCAAGCGUCAAGGCCGCACUCUCUACGGUUUCGGCGGUUAAACACUUCCGUAACCCCACAUUCAAACAAUCAGUCCUUUUCAGGACUAC